AUAGACCAACAUUACACAAAAUAAUAUUAAUUUCACAAGGUUAACAUUUAGCAUAAGGUGCAUUUACAAGUUAAAAGAGCUGAAGUGUUGCAGCCAGUUCCUUCAGCAAUGUUAUUUAUAUAAAUUAAUUCAUUCUGAAACUUCAGCUACCCAUUCCCCAACUCUAAAACUCCUACUCUACAUGCAAAUCGUCUCCCUCUUAAGGAGCCUCCAUGAAAUUCAACUCUAAUCAAGCUAUUGAUUCUUUUUAAUUUUUCCUUCUUUGCCUGGGUGUCCAUGAUUCCAUGAAGUACGAUUGGAUUUAAUUUUCCACAUUAAGUGCUCUGUAAACGCAAAUAGUUACUGGUUUCCUGUGGUAUUUUAUGUUCUCCAUAUAAAUAAGUAUUUGCAAGAACCUCCUUCAGGCGGAGUGAGUUUGUGAUUGGACAACGGAAGCAGCUCUUAGUGGAGCCUCUUAAUCGACUUGGUUCUAUUAUAAAUGCACAUGCAAAUUAAUAGUGGAAACCACCUAAUUCAGAUUACAUUUGUGUUCUUCAUUAGUGGCCGUGCUUUGCGUGCCUCUCUAACGGAGGGAAGGAAUAUUAACACGACGCGCAGUUCGUGGCUCAUUUGAAUAUGCGGCUUCAAGAUCCAUAAUGGCAACAUUUGACGUCAGUUUCGUUUUAAGUGUUGAGAGGAUGUGAUACUUCCUGAAACAAUGUGUGAUCGUGCCUUCGGAGUGUUGGGCGGCUUACCGAGUUCAGCCCGAGUCCGUUUCGACCGCAUGCGUAAGGUUUGUUGAGCAACAGAACGCUGAUGGCCUCCAAAGAAGUUCCUGGUGUCAGAUCAAGCGUGUUUAUUCGUCAAGAUAGUUCCAACACAUCACUGUCUUUGGGAUUUGACCCUUAUCAGGAUGGAUUAAAUCUUCAAUUUGUGGAACCUCUGGAAGAUCGGUACAAAUGUGUCAGUUGCUCCUUUGUUCUAUGUAAUCCUUACCAGACUGGAUGUGGGCAUCGAUUUUGUGAAAACUGUAUUGCAGAUUUAAUAGAGUCAAAACCUAUUGGCAUUUGUCCUAUUGAUCAUGAAGGAAUCAUUCCAAAUUUGAUAUUUAAAGAUAACUGCUGCAAGAGGGAGGUGUGGAAUUUGAUGGUGUACUGUAAAAAUGCACCAGACUGCAGUGUAACUGUAUCCUUUGGACGUUUAGGGGAUCACCUUAAAAAAUGUCAGUUUGAAACGGUAACAUGCGUCAAUGGUUGUGAUGCUACCUUGCGAAGAAAAGAUUUAAUUGAUCAUUUGCAAACGGUGUGUGAAUAUAGGGAAGAAGCCUGCCAAUAUUGUAAAGUGACUUUAGUUUUUAAAAACAUUAAGGAACAUGAAGUGAUCACAUGUCCGAAGUAUCCGAUUAAUUGCACAAACAAUUGUGGUGAAAGUUUUAUAAGAAGUGAGCUUGAUGCACACCUGACCAUCUGUCCAGAAAGUGAAGUGGAAUGUAGCUACAAAAAGUAUGGUUGCCAUGCCAGGGAAAAACGGAGGAAAAUUGUGGAGCAUGAGCAUUCUUGCUUAAAUGAACAUUUAUUGCUUGUUGUUAGAAACAAUAAUAAGUUGGAAGGACAGAUACUGGAUCUCCAAAAAACGUUAUGUGACAGAAACCACAUUAUCAGUCAGUUGGAAGAACAAAUCAACAAACUUGACAGUAAGGUUGCGCAAUUAAGUGAGCUCAUUUCGAAAAAUGAUGACGAAGUUGUAAGAACACAGAAAAUUCUGGCUGGUCAUGCUGACAAAAUAAUAACUAUUGAACAACAUUCACAACAAUUUUGCAGAAGAUUAGAUCAAGAAAGAAAUAAUGAAGUAGCAGCAUUGAAGGAAGUCAUUCACAUAUUGAAGGAAAAAGUGGAAUGUGCUGAAAAUAACAUUGCAUCAUUGGUGUCUUUUGAGCCAUGCCUGAAGCAACAUGAAUUAUUGUUAAGUGCUCAUAAGAAGCUACUGGAAGAGACGAAUGAAAGAUUUCGAGUUUUAGAAGCAACUGGCUAUAAUGGCAAACUGAUUUGGAAGAUCUGCAACUACAGAAGGAGAAAGCAGGAAGCAGCAGAGGGUAUGGCUGUUUCUCUUUUUAGCCAGCCCUUUUACACCAGUCGCUGUGGAUACAGACUGUGUGCUCGGGCGUAUUUAAAUGGAGAUGGAGCAGGCAAAGGAACUCAUUUAUCAUUGUUCUUUGUUGUUAUGAAAGGUGAGUUUGACUCUCUGUUAACGUGGCCAUUUAAACAGAAGGUCACUCUCACACUGCUUGACCAGGGCCCGAAAAAACAUCACAUAGUGGACCUCUUUAAGGCUGACGCCAACAGCACCAGUUUUAAAAGACCAGUUUCAGAAAUGAAUAUAGCAUCUGGAUGUCCUCGAUUUGUGUCUCAUGCAGUACUUGAAGGUGGGAAAACAGGGACGUUUAUAAAAGAUGACACAUUAUUCAUCAAGGUCAGUGUGGAUUUAACCGAUCUUGAAGAUCAAUAGAAGAACUUCUAAAACAUAUCUUCAAGAAGCUAAUGGAGUCAUUAUGAAAAUCUAUUCUUCAACAUUGAGCAUUAUGUUACCAUAUUUUAUUGAAUAUUUGGCACCAUAAAAACUAAUAUAAUUUGUAACUAUUGUGAAUAUUUUUAUUUUUCUAUUAAAUGCAGAUCUCUUAUGUAUAUAAAGAUUUUGUAUGAAUGCUGACUAUUUGCAUUGUUCAUCUGGUGUGAUUAUUGUUAAAUCUAAUCAGACAAAUACCACUUAAGCCACACAGAUGUAGAAAUUCAAUAUUGAUAGUUGCACAUUGUGGCCAUAAAGUUCAUGGAGGAUAAACAAAAUGAGCUGGGUGUCCAAAUACUGAAUGGCCUUAACUUCAACCGGGUGGCUGCUUGGAAACAUCGUAGGCCUGAUUUCUAUUGUGGCACAAGCAUCCUAUAAAUGUUCCAGAUCCAUUGUGGAAUUUGCCUGCAGAACAAUGGGGCCUAUUGCCUGGUAUCAUUACCUGGUUUACAAGCAGGUUAAGCAGCAGAUCAUAAAGGUUCCACUGGAGGCUAUAAUGAAGUUUACUCUGCUGAUCUUCUCUGCUCAUUUCUCACCCAAGGUGUUUGAGGAUUAUCAAUUGGGCAAGCAACUCACAUUCCACCUGGUUACAGUGCCAAGUUUGAUCAACUAUUACAAUCAGGUCCAGUGCCAACUCUGGUCUGUUUGCACAGUGCUUCUUCCUGUGUAAACCACAUGCAAUUUGACAUAGAUUCUGAUACUAAUAAAUUUGUGUACCAUAAAUUAAAAAAGUUACCUAUGUUAAGAAAACACAGCCAUAUUAACUUAGAGGUGUUUCAUUUAUAUCAAUUAAAAUGUA